ACCACCAAAAAGUGAGUCACGUACGUAACUGCCGCCUGGAGCUAUCAGGAUCUAUAAAAGCAUCUAAGCUGUGAUCUUGGGAGACAGAAGGUCAAACACUUUCUGCUGUAGUAAAGCUCCUUGGCAAGCUGGGCACUAUGCAAUACCUCCUACUUUGUGCUGCCAUCCUCCUACCUGAGAGCCUUGCAUUUCCAACACCACGAAAGUCAGAAACACCGAGCAGCACAGGCUUCGAGAAUGUAAAGGCAUACCUUGACAAAUUCUUUCCUCUUUUUACAAAAACAAAACAUCUCAGCUUAGAAGAGAGGAUUAAAGAAAUGCAGAGGUUUUUCCACCUGACUGUAACUGGAAAAUUAGAUGCGGAAACAGAAGCAACAAUAAAACGGCCCAGAUGUGGAAUGCCCGAUAUAGCAGAAUAUGCAACAUUUUCUGGAAGUCCAAGAUGGAAAAAGACACUUUUGACUUACAAGAUUGUCAAUUAUACACCUGAUCUAUCCCAAAAGAAAGUGGAUGAUGCAAUUAGAAGGGCUUUUAUGGUCUGGAGUGAUGUGACUCCAUUGCGGUUCAAAAAAGUAUUCUAUGGACACGCAGACAUUGUGAUUGGAUUUGCACGUCGUGCACAUGGUGAUGGAUAUCCUUUUGAUGGAAGAGGUAACACACUAGCUCAUGCGUUUGCACCUGGAGAAGGGCUUGGUGGAGAUACCCAUUUUGAUGAUGAUGAAAUAUGGUCAGAGACCAAUCGAGAAGUUAAUUUGUUCCUUGUUGCUGCUCAUGAAUUUGGCCAUUCCUUGGGACUUGAUCAUUCAAACGUCCAUGGAGCUCUGAUGUACCCCAUCUAUUCAUAUGUGAACCCAGCAACCUUCAAACUUUCAGAGGAUGAUAAACGAGGAAUUCAGAAGUUAUACGGGAAAAAGCCAUCAAACUCUUGAAGGAAGUCCUUGAGAAAGACCAAAGAAUUCACAUCUGGCUGUUUUGGUGUUCCAAAACAAUUUUAAUCCUCUAACUAUAGUGGUAAACUCCUGAACUGCACUUUCUCUCCCUGAAAUUUUAUAUUGAUUUAUUUGCACUUUAUACAAUUUCACUAAACAAUUAAAAAAAAAAAAAAAAAAAUCACCAAA